AUGCAAUCGUCGUCUCUCAUCGAUCGAGUCAAAUUUGCACAGGCCUCACGUUCUUCAAGUUCUGCUAGGCCUCAACACCCCCGGUCCAGUCAAUCGCCUGCUGCAGUGGAAGAAGUGUCUCAGCCGCAGCAUGAUACUUCCAUCUACGAUGACACUCAAGAUCAUACCCUGACGUUUCGUUUGGCACCAGAGCCUCCCGAUGGAGAGAGAGCGCGUAGACGAAGGAAGAAAGAGAACCAGUCUGCGCGCUGGCGUACCGAAGUCAUACCAGCGCUCACUCAGCCAUUUCUACAACUACUGCAGCGUACGAACUGGCUGCGGGAACGAUCACCCAUUCGUAAUUGCUCCGCUCGCUCCUGUGAGUGUCCGCGACGACCCAUCAAAAUUCUCGCAAUCCACUUCAAUCACCUUAAGACGAUCGAACUCGAUGUCUGCCCAUGCAGACCGAGUUAUAGCCAGCUGUUGGAGCAGCAACUUUUUCCCUGUGCUCCGCUUUUCCCCUCCCUUGCGGUAGAUCUCAAUGUACUCGAAUUUGUUUCUCAUCUCUUUGUUGAGUUGCCACCAAAUAAUACCGCCUGGUGCAAUGCCGUCGAGACAUUCCUGCAGUCACGCUCCUAUGCAAUCGCUUCUAAGGAUUGUCUUCGUCGACGGUUUAGUAAUGCACUGUCAUGGUACCACACACUGCGUGACACUGCCGAGAAGACAGUACACGAUUGGAUUCAAGGUAGCCGCCCCUGUCAGCUCUUGGAAGGUAUGCAUCAAACGGAUGACUCAUCGCCGGGACUUGAGACACCCACCACGACGAGGGCGAUGUCUGGGACCACCGCCGAUCUGCAACGGCCGAGCGAGUACCUUCGCUCACGGUGCCCUGCCUGCUUUGGAGGACAGACCUCAUACGAUCCGACCCUUUUAGCCGAUUACAUUGUCGAAAUGGAUGCUUGCUUUUCUCAGAAGCGGCAGAAAGGUUCGCACGACCCGAAGAACUCGCACCCGGACACUGUCUGGCUCUCAGAAGACACUGCGGCGGCAAUGGAAGCCGAAGUCGAGCGGCUCAGGGCUCACAAUCCGUCCGGCGCUCUUAAAAAGCACACCGGGCAGGAUAAGGAGGUCGCCGACGAUGAAGACGGCUUCGAGGGCACACUCAAGGUUCCCAAGUCUGCCCUAGAUGAAUGUGACAAUACAUUCACGGCUGCCGACGAGAAACGCAAGAAAGCAAGUACAUCCCUUUAUGACGACACCGGCAUCAUGGCGUUAAACUGCCGCCACGAUGUAGUAUUAUGGCUUGUAAACAUGCGCUCAGCGGGUGAAAAGCAGUUCUACGCGCUGGCUCUCCUCAAGGAGCUCUUCAACCACCUGCCGCCGAAGGUCCGUGUCGGGUUGCUCUACGAUGUUGCUUGUUCCCUCCACCGUAGUUGCUUGAAGUGGGGUUACUUGCCCGAGUAUAUUGAUCGCCUCGUAUUCGGUAUUUCAGUUUUCCAUGCCUACGGCCACCAGUGGCCGUGCCAAUUGGUGUAUCAUCCUCGCAAAUGCGAAGGCUUCGGACUGUCGAACGGCGAGGGUUGCGAGCGACUAUGGCUGUCGCUCAUGCGGCUCGUGCCUUGUCUGCGUGUGUCUGGAUAUCACCAGCGACUCUAUGUCCUCGAUUCACAAGUCCACCAUCGCGACGCUAAAAUACGUCGGGACUUAGGCCAGUGGCUAUUCAAACACACGGAACAGUUGAAAGCUAAACGCGCGGAAGCUCGAGCCGCCUUUGGUGACUGUGGGAUUGCCGAGGAGACACUGCGAUCUGAGUGGACAGCUCAGAUCAAAGCACAAACACAACCUCUUCCCCGUCGCGCUAAGAACAAGGGAAAAGAUGCAGUGGCCAACAUCAUUCGCUUACAAGCACGGACGAAAGUCCUGGCCGAGAGGGCUGCGUCCCUCGAGAAGAUAAUCUUGGACGAUACCACGAGCCAGGCCGAGCUCGUACAGGCAGAAAUGCGACUCACCGACGUACGCACGAAGUUAUCUCGAGAGCAGGCCCUUCUCAAGGCCAAAGAGCGUGAACUGGGCGUAGACGGACGGGCUGAUUUGCAACGUCUACGGAACAGCAAGUAUCUUACUCAUCGCCUCAAUGCCCUGGCUCUGAAGAAAAGGCUCCGGGAGCGGCUUCGCCAAAGGAAGUUCGAGCUCGAACGUGUAGAGCGAGCCUACCGUAAUCUAGCAAAUGAUAAACGUAUACAUUCGCACACCGAAACACAGGUGAAGCGUCGAGAACCGGGCAUUCAACAGCUCGCCCGUGAUUUCAACGGGCUCUGCGGCGUGAUGCGUGAUCUUAUACGCAAAGGACAAGCACCGCCAGGUUCCGUAGCACCCGAUACCAUCGAUAGCAAAGCACUCUUCAAGCUGGACGUGGACGAUACCAUCUGGCAGGACGUCGGCUUGGAUGAAGAUCCGAAUUCGGGAGAAUCAAUCCCGCCCUGGCUAGGAGAUGACGCUGUCCGGACGGGUAUCAGAGCAUGGGUUGAGCUGCAGAGAUGUCAAGAGGAAGAGAAGCGGUUAAGGCGUGAGAGGCGUGCGAUCCAGGAGUGGUUUGCAGAGGAGUGGGAAAUGGUAUCAAAGGCGGAAGCAAGUGCAGGUACGCGAAGCUACGUUACAAUCCAGGGAUGGCGCUGA